AGGCGAAAUGGCAUCCACUGCUGACCUGCGUUGUGUGUGUGUGUGCGCGCGCAGCUCCUGCUCUGUCUUCCUUCCGUUCAGCGUCGAGGUACAUGUGCAUGCCAUUGCAGGCACUGCCCAACCUCAACCUGUGAAGAUGGAAUCCUACGCCAACGGAGCCAAAUUUGACUGCCUGCUGUUUGACAUGGAUGACACCAUCUACCCACUGAGCUUGGGAAUCAACUUAGCAUGCCGCAAGAACAUCCAAGACUACAUGCUGGACAAACUUCAGAUCGAGGAGAGCCUGGUCCCCAAGAUGUGCCUAGAUUUGUACAGGGAAUACGGAACUACAAUGGCCGGUCUGAAACUUAUGGGCUACGAUUUCGACUACGAUGAAUUCCACGCCAGCGUGCACGGAAAACUGCCGUACGAGAAGCUGAAGCCGGACCCUGUCCUGAGGAGCCUGCUGAUUUCGAUGCCACAGAGGAAAAUCAUAUUCACCAACUCCGACGAGGCUCACGCGGCGACCGUCCUGGAGAAGAUGGGGCUGGAGGGAUGCUUCGAGGGGAUCAUAUGCUUCGAGACCCUGAACCCCAAGAAUCCAGGAGGCACGGGCGCCGGCGGCGACGGCUCCGGCAAGAGGGUCCUCUGCAAGCCGUCCCUCGAGUCCAUGCAAGCCGUGGUGGAGAUCGCCAAGCUCGACCCCAAGAAGACAGUGUUCUUCGACGACAGCCCGCGCAACAUCGCCUCGGGAAAAUCGGCAGGCUUCCAUACCGUCAUCGUAGGGAGCUCGGCGCUCGUGCCCGGGGCGGACGUGGCGCUGGAGAGCAUCCACAACAUCAGGGAGGCGCUGCCGGAGCUCUGGGAGGCGGGCGGCGACCACGUCGAGGCCGCCGUCGGCAUCCGGUCCGCCGCCGUCGCGGAGACCACCGUGCUCGCGUGAGCCGCCGCCACGUGAUCAAUACGCUUCGUCCGCCUUGAUGACUAUAUUAACCCUCAUAUGCUGUGGUGUGCUCGACGAUAUGGAUCCACGAUCCAUGGUGAUGACUGAUGAAUGCGUAGGUGUUAUGUACAGGCCUACUACUUGUGUGCUGAUGGUGUGAUCGGAAAUUCGGAAUACCGUAAUACAGUAAUAAGCACCGUAAAUCCGUUAAGAUUUACUAUUUUGUA